GUCGAGACCAACACGUUGCAGAGCAUAUACAUAACGGACGGGGAGACAGCUUAUGCUGUUACCAUCUACAAAUACGGAGCGAUGAAGUGGCAAUAUGUAGGGGAUAGAAGGAUCGCCGUUGGUUUUGCUACCCCAGAGUAUGUGAAAGACUACGGAAUGACCUUUACCACGCUGACCACCACGCUGGACACUGAUUAUGGCAGUGCGGGUAUUGCGUUGUCCAGUUUAAACACAUUUUUCAUGUACACACAGGGUGGCAAAACUUGGGUUGGUGGGGUACGCGCUCCCUUCCUCAAAACAAUGAAUAAGCUACCCCCACUGACGUACACCUACUCGCCCUACUGGCCAGGCUACUGGCUGGGAUACGACUCCUGGAGCUACUGGCGACAGUACUCAUACAUCUCCAGCUCCCCCUAUGCUGGACACAUCCUGACAGCUAAUCCCUUCUCCGAGUGGGGAGACAACACCGAAUCCCUGACCCAGGACUUGAACCCGCACAAGUGGUGCUGUCUGGAAUCCAACUGGGCCACUUGUCUGAAGUUCUACGAAGUGCGGCCAGAUAUGGGCUGUUUGUAUACUGCUGAAGUGGAGACGGCCUGCACGUGGGGAGACCCACACAUCACAACCUUGGACGACAAUCGCUACACACUCAAUGUGUGGGGAGAGUACAUCAUGACGGAGAUCAAGAAGAUUUCAUUCGUCCUUCAGGCAAGGACAGACCGAGCCGUGAACAAAGACGGAGCUCUGACCAAUGCAACAGUGUUUGUGGCUUUUGCGGCUAAGGUUGGUGCCAACGCUAAACUUCAGGUAGAGUUGUCGAGGCAGAAAACAUCCAUGGUCAUUCACGCUGACGGCAUCGACAUCACAAGAGAGUUUUACGCCACCGAAAAAUACAAGAAGUCUUUGAAGAAUUUCACAGUGGCAAGGGAAAAUAGAAGCGAGACGCACUUCUUGAUUGCGUCAUUUCCUGAAGGAGUGAAUCUCCGAGUGUCUGUGGCUAUCAGAAGUUUGGAGGUGACCCUAGAGGUGGAGAAGACCCUUCGAGGUCAGCUCACUGGCUUGUUGGGGAACUUCAAUGGAGACAAAACCGAUGAUUUCAUUCUGCCGAAUGGAACAGUCCUGGCUGCCAACCAAACAGACACCCAAAGAAAGAUCUUUGAAAACUUUGGCAGGCACUGGGAAGUCACUGCCGACACCAGCAUCUUCACAUAUCCGGAAGGGCAGUCGCAUGCCAACUACAGUCAUCCUGGCUUUGUGCCCACGUUCCUUGAAGACUUCGACGCCACAGAAUUGGAGGCGGCCCGGUCCAAGUGUGCUUCUCCAGAUAACUAUACUAACGCUGCAUGCAUUUUUGACCUCUUGACUACCAGAGAUGAAAGUUUUGCCAACAGAACCAGGAGUUCCGGUUUGGAGUCGUCUGCAGUCAAGGAAGCGUUGAAAAACACUUUGCCAAGACUUAAUAAACCAAACGGACUAAACACGGACAACAUUUGGGAAGUUACUGAAGGCAAACUGGCAACCAUUUCUGUGCAAGCAAUCGAUGAUGAUGGAGACAAAGUUCGUUACUUUCUAGUUAAUGGAAGCGAUCAGGGAGUCAGCAUAUCAGACCAAGGAGCUCUGACUUACAUGCCAGAUAGAAGUCGGCCGGUUCAGAUUGUUGUACAAGCCAACGACUCCAGGGGCGGCAUGUCCAACACGGAAGUCAUCGCCGUCAUCGUCUGCCCAAGCUGCAGCGGCAGAGGCAACUGUGACCGGACCCGACAGAACCGUUUUGAGGGCACUUUCACUGUUUACGCUUGCAAUUGUUUAACUGGCUACACAGGUGUCAACUGUGAACUACAACGGAACGAAUGUGAUGAGAAGCCUUGCCUGUCCGGCCAGACCUGCAUUGAUCUCGACCCUUCCAUGAGCACAAACAGCAGCGCUAUCGGCUACACCUGUGGCGACUGUCCGGUCGGAUAUCAAACCCUAGGUGGCCGGUGUUUUGGUGAGCUCAUAGUGUGUGUGUGUGUGUGUGUGUGUGUGUGUGUGUGUGUGUGUGUGUGUGUGAUGGGGGAAAGGGGGGGGGGGGUCUGGCACGUCAACGAAUGCAACAACACCAACCUGUGUAACCACAACUGCAGUAACACCGAGGGCUCCUUCUUCUGCCACUGUAGAGCCGGCUACCGCCUCGACCCCAAAGACAAACGAACCUGCCUGG